GAAUAACUAGCUUGGUGCCGAAGGAAUAAAAAGGCAGAGAGAUUAACGUUCUUAUAAUUUUCUAUGCUUUUAUUACUCUGUGCCUGUGACAAUCCAAAGUUUGUUGUACAAUUCAAUUGGGCCCAUGAUAUUUUGGGCUACUGCAUACGUUGGACUGCUAUGAAUAAGUCAGUGAAAAGCCCGGAUCCUUCUGGAUUCCACUCCACGCAAAUCCAAAUUGGUAACUGAAACUCAAAGUCAAUCCGAGGACGAAAAGAAUUCCAACACAGACACCUCACACCUACAAAUACCUUGAAAAAUCACACGGUCGAAUGAAGAACGAUAUAUAACGAAAAAUAAAUUGCCUCAAAUUACCAUAUUUCUUCGUAGUCGCACCACUUGCCGACUUUCCUUCCCCGAGAACCUUCGAAACCCCAUUUCCCGGCGAUCGGGGCGCAAUCGAAAAGUAGGAAGCUUUCCGGCGCGGGUUAGAUCAUGGAUUUCGAGCUGAGAAGGGCGAGGGAGAAGCUAGAGAAGGAGCAGAAGGAGAGGAAAGACAGAGCUAGAUUGAGACUCGAAAGAGAUAGGAAGGCCUAAGAAGAGGCUCGCAAGCAGCGAGAAGCCCUCGAAGCUGUUCAGAGAUCCCGGAGGCUCGAAGCCGCCGAAGCCCAACUCAAGGUAACCGUCCUUCUUCAUACCAUAACCCCUUUUGCACUCGAUAUUUUGGUUUCUUAGAUUCAUGAAGAAAUCUAGACUUUUCUGGGUUCAAUUCAAAAAAGGUAAAGAACCCAACUUUGAUCGAAUUCGGUAUGGAAUCCUUGAUGGUUGAUUGAUUAAGUAGUUAGACGGGCAGAAUCGUUUUGAGUUUUUAAGCUUUUAGUUGUGUCGUCAUGAUAAUCUCUUUUACAUGUGCGCCUUACAAGAAACUGGUUUAUGUUUACAGGCAGAUGAGCAAAUGCAAGAGAAUUUGAUUGCCGGGAGAGGAAUUGUGUUCUCACGUGUGUUAGAAGCUGUAGGUUUCCAAGGAAGUGGGGAUAAGAUCAAAUUGCCCCCUUCUUGUUUCACUGAGUUAUCCGAUCAAGGUGCGUUUGAUAAAGGACCAUUAUACUUCCAGUUAUCUGUGGUUCAUCAUGAAGCUAAUUCAGAAACGAACCAGAAGACAACCCAUUCUGGUGCUUUGGAGUUCACUGCAGAGGAAGGUCAAGUCGGGCUUCCUCCUCAUGUAUGGAGUAACCUGUUUCCCCUAGACAACACUCCUUCACCUGUAAGUGCUUUAGUUGAUGUUCGAUAUGUGUGGUUGCCUAAAGGAAUUUAUGCAAAGCUUCAACCAGAUGUGGUUGGCUUCUCGGACAUCCCUAAUCACAAGGCUGUACUCGAAACGAGCCUCAGGCAGCAUGCUACGCUUUCUGAGGGUGAUGUGAUCACUGUUAAUCACGGGGUAUUAGCUUACAGGUUGAGAGUACUUGAGUUGAAACCUUCCUCGAGUGUCUCAGUUCUCGAGACAGAUGUUGAGGUCGAUAUAGUGGGGUCAGAUUCACCUUUGGAUAGCGCGAAUCAGCAUGUGUUGAAGCAACUGACUUUUGGAGUGUCGGAAUCUGGAAUGGUUGAAGAAGGAAAAUACAAUUACUAUAAGUUCUCGAUUGAUGAUCUCGUCUGGGAGACUGUCUCUUCUGGGGAUGUUAGGAUUGAGGUGAAGAUAGAGGUAGUGACUGGUGAUGGUGAUACCGAUCUUUACAUUUCCAAGCAUCCGCUCAUUUUCCCAAACAGACACCAACAUGAGUGGUCUUCACAUGACAUGGGGUCGAAAGUAUUGAUCCUGACCUCGAAAGACAAGAACUUGGGGGUGGGAACUUAUAGCAUUGGUGUGUAUGGUUUCAAAGGAACCGCUAAGUAUAAGGUUUUAGUGAGUGCACAAGAUAAUAGCACUGUCAAAGUGGGUCAGCAAGCUGGAUCGACGACAUCAUCGGUGAAUACCGACACUGUUGAGUGCAGAAAUUGCAAGCAUUUCAUACCCAGUAUGAGCAUUGCACUGCACGAAGCUUAUUGCAGCAGGCACAAUCUAGUUUGCCAACAUCCCGGUUGUGGAGUAGUUCUGAGGGUUGGCGAGGCCAAGAACCACAUCCACUGUGACAAGUGUGGGGAGUCAUUCCAUAAGGAUGAAAUCAAUAAGCACAUGAAGGUUUUCCAUGAGCCUCUUCAGUGUGGCUGUGGUGUGGUACUCGAGAAGGAACAGAUGGUGCAACACCAAGCUUCUGUAUGUCCACUGCGGCUCAUCACAUGCCGCUUCUGUGGUGACAUGGUUCAAGCUGGGAAUUCAGCCAUGGAUACGAGAGACCGAUUAAGAGGGCUCUCAGAGCAUGAGAGCCAUUGUGGGUCUAGAACUGCACCAUGCGAUUCGUGCGGUAGAUCUGUCAUGUUGAAGGAGAUGGACAUCCACCAGGUAGCUGUUCACCAGAAGAGCUGAUCUUAUAAUGUAAGAUUUGAGAGAGAAACACUCCGGGGAAGCCAUGUUUUUCUCCGUGUGAUGUAUAGCAAGCCAUCUCAAAUAUAUGAUUCUUGAUUUGAAGUUUCUGGUUGCCUUGGCUUCACCAGUGUUGUGCUGUUGGUGGAAUUUCCCUCUGUGAUAGAUAUAAAGAUAUGUAAUAUUGCUUCUGAUUAUUUAUGCUUCUCCAAAACCACCAAGAUUGGAGUUUCCCUUGAGAAAUGGCAUUGAUCGUGUGGUUUAUGUAGUUUUUUUAACAUUCCACUGCAAAUUCAGGCAUUCUCCUAUGGCAGGAGUCCCAAAGCUCUACAAAAUAUACUCUCUCAAAAACACCAAAUUAAACGAACUUCUUUCUAGACCUCUAUGGUGACUUGUGCAAGAAGGAAAAUAUUCCUUUUUACAUGAUACUGAAGGGGUUUGUAGUAGGAGGACCAUCUUCCAUAUAGUAAACGUGGGAAAUUCCC